UCAUAAGGACACACGCACACACACACACACACACACACACGCACACACACACACACACACACACACACAUGGUACUCUGAACCAAACUAUUGAGAAACCAUGUCAAAGAGAAAUGCGCUGGGAUGAAGAAUCUACAAACUUUAGAUUUGCUGCCAAUUUUGGCUCUGGCAAGUUUCUUCAUCCGGAUAAGUGGAUCGAUCUCUCUUCGCCCGGUGCUGACUGGUCCUGACAAGGCCUACCUCGGCUCGAGGGUGGCUUUCCGGUGUAUUAAACCUGCGUCCUCUGUGCCAGUCACCUAUGAGCUGAUUAGCGACAGUAGCGUCCUUAUCGCCACAGUCGCUGAUCUCCAAGGGGACCAAGCGGCCUCAUUCUACCUGAAGGUCGCUGCAUCGUUGGAGGGGUCAUACCACUGCAAGGCGACGACACAAGGAAGCACAGGAGUCAGCAACAGCAUCAAGCUGAGUGUAGUCACUCCAGCAUCAAACACCAGAGUGACAUCUGAACCCUUCCCCCCAGUCGCACAUGAGGGGUCACGCAUUGUACUGAGCUGCAGCGUCGCAAAGGGCUCCCACCUUUUCUACACCUGGUUUUUCAACAGGAAGGAACUGACAUCUUUAACCUCUCCCCUCCUUCUCCUCACUGGGAACAAGCUAGUGAUUGGGAAGGUGACUCCAGAGCAUGCUGGGUACUAUUCUUGCAUGGCUUGGUCCAGGGUGCAGGACACCAGGAGAUUUUCCAGCAGCUCAGAGGUCCAGGUGACAGUCAAAGUCUACGUUUCAAAACCAAGGAUCUCUUUCUCCAUCUCCAAAGAGGGAACCAGUCUUGGUGGCAACGUGACGUGCUGGUCAAUAAGAGGGAGUCCUCCGGUAAACAUCUCUCUUUUAGUCGAUGACAAAGAAGUGGGAUCUGCCACAGCUGCUCAAUCCCUUGUUGCCUGGUUCCCCGUUGCCAUGGUACCCGGGCAGGACAUGGCCGUUGCUCGAUGUCGGGUGAAGACUGAGGUGCAGGAGUUGAUGAGUAAGCCUGUGAUUCUGGAAAUGGUUCCAGUCGGAGGUGAUGUGAAAGUGGAAGUUGAAUAUCUCUACAGUGCUGACUCCAAGCUGGCUGCUGCCAAGCUGAGCUGCCAAGUCAGCAGAGGCACUUUCCCUUACAUCUCUUGGCUCUUGAACAACUCUGGCCUUCCCUCUGAGACACAUGUGGAAACCCAUAUUCACCCGAUCCGGCAUCACAGUGCCCUAACUGACUGUAGACGAACCCUCGUUCUCGCCGAGCUUGGCCCAGAGGAGUCUGGGUAUUACCGCUGCAGGGCCAGGGACAGCUACAAUGACUCCGGGCCCUGGGUGGAAAGUGCAGCCGUGCUGGUCCGAGUCUCAGACAGGAUCCAUAACUCCAUGUCUCCAGCAACAUCCUCCACUGAACCACCACCAAAGGUUUUCCUGAACACCAUAGAGAUCCUGAACAUAGCGUUCUGCUGCUUCCUUUUUCUGAUGUUGGCAGUGGGCGUAGGCUGUGUGUACAAGAUGUUUGACCACAAGCAAGCUCACGCCCACAUUGCUACAACAAAUCAGGAGGCGAACAGGACGAUACUUCGUCUACAGAUCUUUGAUGUUCAGAAUCAGUGUAUCACUAUCAGACCUUUGCACGUUUCUAAGUGUGCGUGUGUGUGUGUGUGUGUGUGUGUGUGCGUGUGCGUGUGUGCAUGUGCGUGUGCUUGUGUGUGCAGACUUUUUUCACCAGCAGUGCCUCAACCGUCCAUUCAAAACUGUCAAAACUCCUGCAUAACACUGCAUAACAUAAUCAUAUUUGAGCUUUAUAGCUGUAAUAAAGACUGUUCUUCAAGAAUGUUGGCUUCCCUCUUUGUGGUCAUACUAGGGUUGUGCUUCUGUAGCAAGGGUCAGUUAAGCCAGUCCAUUCUGGGGCGCCCAGAAGUUAUUGGCCCUUCAGAAGCUUUGUUGAAAAGCGUUGUCGAUAUUAAGUGUCAACUGAAAAUCUACCCAGAGAAUGAAACUAUCCUGCUGCAGUUAUUCAAGGAGGAUAACCAUGACAAGUUGUUGGGCGAAUACACCUCCCUGAAUGGGGAAAUUGCGAUAAUCCCCAUGGUAAUCAAACUAUACCAUGAGGGCAGCCUGGAGUGUGUGGCCAAGGCUCAAAACAACUCGAACAUAGAGCCCACUGUCAGCUACACACACUACCUGAAGGUUGUUGAGCCAGUGAAGGGUGCAGGGAUUGAUGUUCGAUCCGGUCCAGUGGACUUUUUUGAGGGGAAGACACUAGAUCUACACUGUGACGUCAUCGCUGGAAAUCACGUCUCCUACAAGUGGCUGCAGAAUAGUCAUCCUGUCACUCAGUCACCUCUCCACUGUGUUGCAGAUGGCCAUCUCUUGAUGUACAGAACCACUUCUAAAGACAGCGGAUCCUAUAUGUGUGUCGCCACCAACCACUUCAACAAAACAGACAUCUUCACCUCCAAUAGCUCUGAAGUUAUGAUCACAGUCAAAGAGGCAGUGUCAACCCCUGACAUCUCAUUCACCGUGUUAAAGGAAGAUUCCCACAACUAUUCUGCGGAGGUCACGUGUCAGUCAACAAAAGGGACUCCGCCUGUCACCUUUUCACUGUACAACAGGACGGAAUCGGUCGCCAAUAUAACGAUUGAACGGAGUAUCGCAACAUUUAAGGUUCCACUGGUCUUGGGCCAGCACUUGGGAUGGCUCCAGUGCCAGGCAAACAAUGGAGACCACAUCGAAUUCAGUCAAUGGAUUCCACUGGAAGUUGUCCCGGUUGGUGGGCCCGUGACAAUACAUUACGACUAUGACGUUGGAGAAAACUACGAUGUGGUCGGCCUGAGGUUCUACUGCAAGGCAGCAAAGGGAUCUCUUCCUCGGUACCAGUGGUUCCUCAACAAAACCCUCUUACGUGACAGAGGAACCUUCUACUACGCGGUCAACCAGCCUCCAGAACAGUCCAUACUCCUGCUGUCUGUGGGGAGGAGCAGCGCUGGAACGUACCACUGUGAAGUGGCCGACAGCUUUGACAACACAAGCUCCAUAAGCAGCAAUGCAAUGUAUUUGGAUAAAGAAGUGCUGAACCGUCUCCCCGUCUUGAUGGUGGCAGUUGUCUUUGGAUGUUUUACGUUCCUGGUGGUCCUGGUCUCUAUUUGUUGUUUGGUUGGAGCAAUGUACAGGCGAAGGCGGAAUGGAGGAAAGUCUCUGUUGAGCUUGGAGAUGAAUGUAGCUGCAUAUGAGGGCGAGCUGGAUUCGUCAGAGUACGAUGAAAAUGCGGAUAUAGUGGAAACGACCAGAGGGGAUGCAUUUGAUCUGGCAUCUCAGACCUCUGUAGAAGAAUGGCCCGAAAUUGUGAAAGAGAAGAAGAAGGCGUUGGAAGAUAAACCAGUUGAAGGACCCUGAGGGUUUAAACGGUUUCAAAAUGGAAGUUUAUAAACAGGCUGUUGUGGUUGAAUAAACAUCUGCUCGUGA